CACCACCAAAAACUUUAAAACUUUCGAUUGAGAUUUUCCUUUUCCUUUCCUCCUUCCCUCUGGCAUAAGCCAGGAAGGGUACCAUAAAUUUCAUCAAGUUUGUCAAGAUGAAGUACGUUCUUGUAUCUGGAGGUGUCAUUUCCGGCAUUGGAAAGGGCGUUAUCGCCUCUUCCACCGGCUUGUUACUUAAGACGAUUGGAUUGAAGGUCACAUCCAUUAAAAUCGAUCCUUACAUGAAUGUCGAUGCCGGAACCAUGAACCCUCUCGAGCAUGGAGAGGUCUUUGUUCUCGAUGACGGAGGAGAAGUCGAUCUCGAUCUUGGAAACUACGAGCGCUAUCUCAAUAUCACCCUUACUCGCGAAAACAACAUCACCACGGGCAAAGUCUAUCAGCAUGUCAUCGAGCGUGAGCGUAGAGGCGAUUAUCUCGGAAAGACUGUCCAAGUUGUGCCGCAUUUGACAGAUGCAAUUCAAGACUGGAUCGAGAGAGUCGCGCGAAUUCCUGUUGAUGACACAAAGGAGACUCCGGAUGUUUGCAUUAUCGAGUUGGGUGGUACCGUUGGAGAUAUUGAGAGUGCUCCAUUCAUUGAGGCUAUGAGACAAUUGAAGAGAAGAGCUGGAAAAGGCAAUUUCUUGCAAAUUCAUGUCUCUUUGGUGCCUGUCAUUCAAGGCGAGCAGAAGACAAAGCCAACUCAACAAGCCAUCAGAGAUGUUGGUAGAGCUGGAUUGGUCCCAGAUUUGAUUGCUUGCCGAUGCGAUGUUCCGCUCGAGAAAAGUACCAUCGAAAAGAUCGCGAUGUUCUGUCAAGUUGAAGGCGAACAAGUCGUUGGUGUACACAACGUCAAAUCUACUUACCACGUUCCUUUACUUCUCGAACAGCAAGGCCUUAUCUCGACAUUGAACAAAAUUCUCAAUCUCAACGAAAUCUCCAUGGCGAAAACUGCUGUUGAAAAGGGACAGCGAACAUGGGCCGAGUGGAAGUCCCUCACAAGCCAACAAGAACGUUCGUUUGAUGACGUUUCCAUUGUUCUUGUUGGUAAAUAUACCAAACUUCACGACUCAUACCUUAGUGUUAUCAAAUCACUCGAACACUCAGCGAUGCGAUGUGGAAAGAAGCUCAAAUUGAUCUGGGUUGAAGCCGAGCACCUCGAGGAUGAUGCCAAGCCAACCGAGUUUCACAAGGCGUGGCAUGAGGUCUGCACUGCAGAUGGUAUUCUCGUUCCUGGAGGAUUUGGUGAUCGUGGAACGGAGGGCAUGAUUGCAGCUGCAAAGUGGGCACGUACCAACAAGACGCCUUAUUUGGGAAUCUGCUUGGGUAUGCAAAUUGCCGUUAUCGAAUUUGCUCGUAAUGUCUGUGGCAUCACUUCUGCUAAUUCAGUGGAGCUUAACGCAAACGCAACCGAUAAAGUUAUUAUCUACAUGCCAGAGAUUGACAAGGUAAAUCUUGGUGGAACUAUGCGUCUCGGAUUACGUCCUACUGAAUUCCAGCCGGGAUCUGAAUGGUCUCGUCUCCGUAAGCUUUAUGGCGAUAAAACCGAAGUCCACGAACGUCAUCGUCAUCGAUAUGAAGUCAACCCAGAGUAUGUUGACCGAUUACACGAUGGUGGUCUUGAAUUCGUCGGCAAGGAUGACAAGGGUGAGAGAAUGGAAAUCGUUGAGAUCAAGGAUCAUCCUUGGUACGUAGGUGUACAAUUCCAUCCGGAAUACCUCUCCCGAGUCUUGGCUCCAAGUAAAUCAUACUUGGGAUUUGUAGCAGCAGCAGCGGGAUGUUUGGAAAAGAUCACGGAGGACUGUUUGAAAGCUGAGUUGGAUAACAGCGUCAAUGGGGAUUUGUCAAAUGGAAUCAAUGGUGUUACGAUCUAAGGAAACUGGGACGGAAGGGACUUUUGCAUUGGGUUUGGCUGGAUGGAAGAAUCAUAAUGUGCCCUUAUGUUUGGCUAUUUUAUAGAAAAAUACUCGAAAUGGCGGAUACAUUUCAUGGCGUUAUCAUGGCUGUAAUUAUACUGGAUAAAUGAGACAUCUAAAUGACAUACCAUUUCUCACUCC